AUGCAGCUUGUCACCACGGGCGCCUUUGUGCGAGCUGCAAGAGCUGCGAAGGUCGCACUCGCCAGCCGCGCUACAGCUUCAGCUUCAAGAUGGAAAUCCUCCCAGGCACAAGCCCAAGCCCAAGCCCAAGCUGUACCCGACGAACAGCCGUUUCCUGAACAGUCCGUCGAUGUCUCCAAGGAGGUUGAUCCGGCGAAAACGGCUGCGACUUCCAGCAGCCAUGCAAGACAUUCCGAGUUCGAGCGAAGGCUGAAAGAGUCGAGGAAGGAGAACACAAUCAUCCAUGACAAUGGUCGGUCUGGUGCAAAGAUCCUGGGCGCUCCCUACAUCUUCGAUGAAACAUCCAACCUCUCCAGCUCCAUCCUAGGCCUCGUCGGCCGCAACCUCUAUGAGCAACCCGAUCAUCCCAUUGCCAUCACCCGAAAACUGAUCGAGUCGUGCUUCGAAGAACCCACCUUCAAUCACUUCGCCAUGAACAACCCUGUCGUCACCGUCACGGACAACUUCGAUACUCUCGGGUUUCCCAAGGACCAUCCGGGCCGAUCGAGGACCGAUACAUACUACGUUAACUCAACGCACCUCCUGCGGACGCAUACCUCCGCCCACGAACACAAUGCAUUUCAGUGGCUGGCACAUAACACCUCGAGCAAAGGCUACACUAUCUGCGCCGACGUCUACCGGCGGGACAGCAUUGACCGAAGCCAUUUCCCUGUCUUCCACCAGAUGGAAGGUGCCCGUGUCUGGGAACCGCAGGAGGAUCGCGCCGCCGUCAUCCAACGCGACUGCAACGACAUGCCCAAAACCGACCUUCUUGUCGAAGACCAAGCCACUGAUUUCUCCACCGACGCAAACCCCCUCCAACCUGAGCAUAAUCCCGAAGAAGUCCACCUCGUCGCCCGCCAUCUCAAACGUAGCCUCGAACAAGUCAUCCAACGCAUUUUCCAAGCCUCGCAAGCCUCCUUGCCCUCUGCCGCCCGCUCGGAUGCUCCAAUGCAAGCCCGCUGGAUCGAAGCCUACUUCCCCUUCACCUCCCCUUCCUUCGAACUCGAAGUCGACUGGAACGGCGAGUGGCUAGAACUUCUGGGUUGUGGUGUGACCAAACAGUCCAUCCUCGAGAAUGCAGGUCUGACAAACCACAUCGGCUGGGCAUGGGGAGUGGGCAUUGAACGAUUUGCCAUGCUGCUAUUUGGGAUUCCCGAUAUCCGUCUCUUCUGGUCGACCGACCCGCGAUUCCUGAAACAGUUUACUCGAGGCAAGAUUACCAAGUUUGAACCGUUCAGCAAGUAUCCCGCCUGUUACAAGGACAUUGCGUUUUGGAUCAACGCCACUCCAUCUGGUUCGUCACUGGUCGGCCACCCGUCUGCCUCUGGUGUGGCGGCCGCAGCGGGCGGCGACGCCACCAAGGCCUCACCCACCGAGACGCAACCUGCAGCAUUCCAUGAAAACGACAUCAUGGAAGUCGUACGGGACGUGGCAGGCAGUCUCGUCGAGGACGUCAAACUGGUCGAUGAAUUCGUGCAUCCCACAAGUGGAAGGAAAAGUCUCUGCUAUCGAAUCAACUACCGUAGUCUGGAGAGGACCUUGACGAACGACGAGGUAAACGGCUUGCACGACGAAGUUGGUCAACGAAUGAAGGGCUUGUUCGGCGUGGAAUUGCGAUAA